AUGGAUGUAUUUGUCUGCACCGUUAUACUAGCUUUACUGCAAGCCAAUCUAGGAGUUCAUUCAUUGUCGGGUACACAGAAUGCUCAAAGCACGCAGUCGGCGGUUGCUCAAGUGCCCCUACAAUCAACAUCAGUUUCUAAUCCAGCUAUGGAAGGCAUAAAGGGAGCUUCAACACAAGGAGGAAACAAAGAAGGACACAAAGUUAAAUCAGUCAGUGUAGCAGUGCAAACACCCCCUAAAUUUUACAAACCGAAAACUCUAGAUCACAUAACACUGGCGUUUUAUAAAACAGUAGUCAAAAUUAUGGAACGAUUAUCAGUAGCCUUCGAGAAAAUAUCCAACGAUGUGGAGAAAUUGAAGGAAAAACUCAAACCUCAUAGACACUGA